AUGGAAUAUUCGCGUUUCCGUUUAGGUAUGCGACCUUGGAUUGCUGUUGCAUAUUCAGCUCCUGUUGCAGCCGCUACUGUUGUUUUCUUGAUCUAUCCAAUCGGUCAAGGAAGUUUUUCCGAUGGGAUGCCUCUAGGAAUCUCUGAUACUUUCAACUUCAUGAUCGUAUUCCAGGCUGAGCACAAUAUCCUUAUGCCCCCAUUUCACAUGUUAGGUGUAGCUGGUGUAUUCGGCGGCUCUCUAUUCAGUGCUAUGCAUGGUUCCUUGGUAACUUCUAGUUUGAUCAGGGAAACCACCGAAAAUGAAUCUGCUAAUGAAGGUUAUAGAUUUGGUCAAGAGGAAGAAACUUAUAAUAUUGUAGCUGCUCAUGGUUAUUUUAGGCUCAGACCCAAAUACAAUUGGGCUAUGGUGUUUCGAACUCGUAAAUAUAAUGAAUAUGAUGCUUGA